AUGGCGGAAUCCCAAAAGAGAAUCGUCAUCAUCGGGGGUUCUUACGGCGGCCUGUCAACUGCCCACUAUCUCCUCAAGCAUGUGGUUCCUCAACUGCCCGAGAAAGAAUCGUACCAGGUCGUUCUGGUCAGCGCCGCAGAUCAGGUCCUGUGCCGGCCGGCAUGUCCUCGCGCGUUGAUCUCGGACGACUUGUUACCCCAAGACAAGCUCUUCGUUAGCAUUCCGAAAUUGUUUGACCAGUACCCCAAAGGCAGCUUCAGCUUCCUCAACGGCACAGCCACCGAGCUCGAGCACACCAGCCGAACCGUCUCUGUUAGAUUGGCCGCUGGCGGUGGGAGUAGCACCGAGAAGAUCGAUUACUACGCCCUCGUCAUCGCCACCGGCGCGUCUACGCCGUCCCCCCUGCUCAGUCUCAACCGCGAUAUCGAAUUCCUACGGACAAAGUGGGCCCAGUUUCGGAAAGCCUUGCCCACCGUCAAGAGCAUCAUCAUCGCCGGUGGAGGUCCUGCAGGUGUCGAGACGGCUGGCGAGCUGGGUGAAUACCUGAAUGGCCGCGCCGGCAGGUUCGCCUCGAAGCUGGCCAAUCCUAGAGUCGCCAUUACGGUCGUGACAGCCGGCUCCGACAUCCUGCCCGCGCUUCGACCCGCCAUUGCAAAAAAGGCUGAGCAUUAUCUCGCCCAAGUGGGCGUGACCGUCAUCAAGCAGGCCAGAGUCAAGGCUGUGACGCCAGAGGGUGCAGGGACGGACGACGUUUCAGCCAAGGCGACAGUUACCCUGGAGGAUGGCAAGACACUCGAGGCCGACUUGUACAUCCCGGCGACUGGAAUGACACCAAACACCGGUUUCAUCGCCGAUAAAAGCCUUCUGGUUGCAGACGGCCGCGUCGACACCAAUGCCUCGACCUUGCGGGUCGACAAAGCCGGUCCACGCGUCUACGCCAUCGGCGACGUGGCUUCGACCGCACGACCCGCCGUCCAUCUCAUCUUCCCUGCCAUCCCCGUGCUCGGCGCCAACAUCAAGCGCGAUCUCCUGCUGGCCGCGGGGAAAGAGGACAAGUCCGUCGGCAAGGACAGGGGGUUCAAGGAGGACACUCGAGAGACGCAGAUGGUGCCUAUCGGCAAGGGCAGAGGAGUGGGUGCAGCCGCUGGAUUCCAGCUGCCCAGCUUCAUGGUGUGGCUGAUCAAGGGCCGCGACUACUGGUUAUGGACGACGGGCAAUCUGUGGAGCGGAAAACAGUGGGCGAAAGAAUCUUGA